AUGAGUUCUUCCGGCCACGACUUCGCUUCCGGUAACGAAUGGCAAGGCCUACUGAGCGCCAACACACCCAUCGACAGCCUACCCAAUGGCCGCAACAGUACCACAAGCAGACCGCGCACCCCCAAUGCCGCUAACUCGUCGCCAAGGAGCGGAAUCGUGGUCUUCUCCGGAGGCAGCGCUGCCAACCAUCUAGUCGAGAUCUUGAACCAGCUCCGCGAAGCCAAUAACACCACUCUAAGCUAUGUUGUACCUAUCUCGGACAAUGGCGGCAGCAGCAGUGAGCUGAUACGCGUCUUUGGCGGGCCAGGCAUUGGCGAUAUUCGCUCGAGACUCGUUCGUCUCAUUCCAGAGAGCAGCGCCGAAUCGAUAGCAAUCAAGACCUUCUUCAACCACCGCCUGCCGAAGACCUACCAGCCAGCUCGCACAGAAUGGCACGAUAUCGUCGAAGCGAACAAUCCACUAUGGGACGGCAUCUCGAGCCCCAAACGCGAGCUCAUCCGCAGCUUCCUGAACGCCAUCAACCUGGAGAUGGUCAAGCGGUUGCGUCCAACAAGUCGGUUUGAUUUCUCCGGCGCGGCUAUAGGCAAUCUCUUCCUCACGGGUGCGAGGCUGUUCACAGGCAGCUUCGAAGCGGCCAUCUAUCUCCUGAGCUCCAUCUGCGGCGUGCCGGAUAGCAUAGCAGUGCUGCCUGUGCUCAACACCAACUUUGCCCAUCACAUCGCCGCCAGUCUUGCGGAUGGCACCAUCAUUACCGGCCAGAACAACAUCUCUCACCCGAGUGUGCCGACUGCAGCCGUGCCUACGCAGCAACAACAAGGACAGCCGGUAUCUCCAGCCUGGCUACUUAAGACUGAGACGGAAGAACAAGACAAAGUUGAAGACGCAAACCUCCCUGGUACCCUUCCAGUCCUUCGCAAACCAGCCAUUGCUUUCUCCAAGGCUGAUGAAGAAGAGCUGCCCUCUCGCAUCGAAAGGCUGUGGUACAUCAAUCCCUACGGUCAGGAGAUCUCGCUUCCCGCCAAUCCGCGGGUUCUAGAUGCCAUCAACAGCUCAGAGACAAUCAUCUACUCCAUCGGGUCCCUUUUCACCUCCAUCAUUCCAUCCUUGAUUCUGCGAGGUGUAGGUGAGGCAAUAGCAUCCCCAUCUGUCCGCUCAAAGAUCCUCAUCCUCAAUGGCACCAUCGACCGCGAGACAGGUCCAUCCGCCGACCCAUAUACAGCGAUGGACUUCAUCGCCACCAUCGCAAACGCAUGUGCAGAGUCCAGGGGCUUAGCCCGGCCCCCACCAGACGAAUGGGUCAGGUACGUUACAGCAGUGGUCUAUCUUGAAGGGCCCGGAUGUCCGAGGGUGGACAAGAAGGCUUUAGGCAUGAUUGGAAUCGAGAGCAUGCGGCUCUAUGGCCCAAGAGAAGAAGGAGGGAGGGGUGGGAGGUAUGAUUUGAAGGCCUUGGAGCAGGCGCUUGAGGCGAUCAUUGGGAGGAAGGAUCCACGAAGCGAUCGGACGAGGCGUAAUACGCUUGUUGGAUGA